AUGAAAAAUGAACGUAUAGAGCUGAAUCUUAUACGGCAGGUAGGCUGCCAUGAUAAAUGUGUUUUCAGCUUGCUCCUAUAUCUUCUCCAGACAAUUGCAAAGAAAUACGACGAAAUUAAACAAGAAGAUCAAAAGCGACAACAAGAAUUGCUUGAUAAGAACAGAGUCAGAUUAAUGAGUAUCCUCCUCGGCAAUGCAUUCUGGGAUAUGAAACCAGCCGCAACACUCACUGGAAAAUCGUCAAUAGAUACGUCCUGCUGUGGACAUAACCAAAUAAAUCUGGACAGUUGUGAUAUUGGUGCUGACAUGGUACCUGUCAGAGAAUGGCGUCAUGGCAGAGAACUAUAUAACACAAGUGGAUUCGAAAUAUACGGCAUUCGAUACAGAAAUGGCCGUUUGAUCGUACCUGUAGAUGGCACAUAUUUUAUUUAUUCUUAUGUCGAUUUAUUUGAGCCAUGUAAUCCAUCAACGGGGAUGCCUAAUGUUAAAGAUACCAAUAAACCUAUAAAGCACGGCAUAUUUAAAUUCAAUAUUCUUGACGGGGAGGAAAUGGAAUUAGUUUCAAAUGUACAACCACACACAAUUUCCAAUAACAGAUAUUUCAAAUCUUACAGUAGCUAUGUAUUGUCAUUUGCAGAUCUCAAAGCUGGUGACGAGCUUUCUGUAAAAGUUAGUAAUUUAACAUAUUUAAGACAUACUGGAGAAAAUUACUUUGGGGUUCAUUUGAUAUGA